AUGACUAUUCCCCGCCUUGAAUUGCAUGCAGCCGUCUUAGGAACUCGACUGCUAGAGACUAUCGUCAAAGAUCAUUCAGUUGCAAUCAAAAAUCGCGUGAUGUGGAGCGAUUCCAAAACGGUUCUAAGUUGGAUUAAAUCGGGAACACGUCGCUACAAGCCAUUCGUAGCACAUCUUGUGGCAGAAAUUCUCGCCGCUAACGACUGGCGUUGGAUACCGUCAGAAGAGAACGUUGCUGAUGAGGCAACAAGACCAAGUACGACAUUCGACAAUCAUCCGGCUUCACGAUGGCUAAAUGGACCGUCAGUUUUAACGGAAGAAGAAGAAGCCUGGCCUACUCUUGAAGGAAUCCCUGAUCUGUUAGAAGAGUGCGAAGAGCUACGCCCGAAAUUUGUAAUGUUAGCCACGUCGUCAUGUGUUAUAGACAUGACAAGAUUUUCAAAUUUAACUAAGCUAAAGCGAACGGUUGCCUGGGUCAUCCGAUUUAUAGAUUUGUGUCGUCACAAAAAAGUGGAAGGGUGCCUGACCGCCGAGGAAUUAAAAGUAGCCGAAAUUUUCUUAUGCCGCCUUGCCCAGUCUGCCUCGUACUCACUUGAGAUUAAUCAAUUGAAAGAAGGUGGCAAUGUAGCGAAAGGGUCUGAGUUAUAUACACUUUCCCCGUUUAUCGACACAGAAAGUGUUAUGCGUGUUAACAGACGUAUCGAUGCUGCCAGCUGGCUUCCGCAUGAUACCACGCGACCUAUUAUCCUAGCACCAAAUCAUGAUCUCACUCGCUUGAUCUUACUGGGCUGUCAUAAUCGGAUGAAACAUCAGAACGUGGAGGCGACGAUAUGUGAGGUUCGGCAAAGAUACUGGGUGCCGAACAUAAGACGUACUAUGAAGAAGAUCAUAUCGACGUGUCUUAUUUGUAAAAUUUCCAAGUGCAUACCCUCACAGCCUAUCAUGGGUCAAUUACCAAAGGAUCGACUAACGCCAUUCGUGAGGCCAUUUUCUUACACAGGUAUUGAAUACUUUGGUCCUUUCAACGUAACGGUUGGUCAGCGUAAGGAGAAAAGAUGGGUGGUGUUGUUCACUUGUCUAACAACGCGAGCGACUCACCUGGAAGUUGCUGCCGAUCUUUCGACUGAUGCAUGA